AUGGUCAGGAAAAGGACAGCAGAUGAGAGGAGAAGAUGCGCAGAAGAGAACGGAUUCAAUGACGACGACACGGAUGUUGAUGACGAACCUGUCCCACGUGAGGUCUUGGACUACACCAAAGAGAGGUCCAAAGACCAGAUGGACCUUUGGAUCGACAAACCGACCAUUCAAACCGUUCGGAAUUACUUCCGGUGUUUUGUCUCUGGUUGGAAUCUAGACAAUCUAACGUGUUUGAUCUCAAAAGACUUCACAGACUCCAUCACCAAUUAUAUCAAAGGCCCACUGAGGAAGGAGCUCGGUUUAUCAAUAGCCACACGACCAAAGAAAUACCUUACACUUGAAAACUAUAUGUACUUGGAGAAGCAGCUCUGGCAGAACGAUGGAUAUGACUACGUACACGAAGCGUACCGAGUUUUUAUUAGCGGAAAAUUGAAGUGUCACGUAUUCACGCCAGCUAGACUAGGUGAGAUCAGUGAUAGCUCAACUAGGAGGAGUACCGAAAAAGGAUUGCGUUACAAGGAAACGGUGAUGCUGGUCGCUUGGAAGGACGGCGAGCCUGAAUUAAGGUUCAGCCUAAAGAGAGAAUUUGCGAAGGCAAUGCAUGACAAGGAACAGCAAAGGUCAGCAAAGUCUCAUACCCUCAAAGAGGUUUUGGACGUUAGGCCGCCGGCAAACCAAAGGUAUUGGGUCCUCGAAUGGUCGUCUCACGUGCUGGACCUGCCGGUAUUUCCAGAAGUAUCAGUAGACGGGGCGACCAACAAGAUCCAAACGGGCAACUCUUUCAACACGCAGCUCAAAGCCCUCUCAAUUCGAGCAGGGAUAAGUCCCGUCACGGUACACAGCAUGCGGAGGGAGGCUCUCAUCUUGGCUACAGCAAAUGGUUAUUCGAACAGGGAAUUGAUGAAAUUUGCCGCACAUACCAACAAAAUGACGCUCACAAGAGACUAUUUGAGUUCUAUAACCGUUGUGGAUGGUCUGGCCGGUUUUCUUAAGCUACCUCUUCGAAGCGAUCAAGCGGAAGACUUCCGGUCCAUGACGGUUAACCGAAAUCCCGAGCUUUUGCAAUCACUGCCUGCGAAGACGCACGACCAAUUAAGGCAGAGAGAGGAUUAUGUUGCCAUCACAAAGAAAAUCGAUGACCUGACCCAUGAGAUAAGCUGCGCCCAAAAAGGGGCAGCUGCUCGGGAUCUGAAGUCGGAGCGGGGCCAACUAUACGAGCAAAGGCGCGUGCUCGAGGAGGAGGAGUCGAACAGAAUCCGCGGGGACCAAGAACGAAUACAUCCUUCAGAGCGCAAGGAAAAGGUUUACGUGGACCAAUACCGUUCUCGAUUCGAUCGCCUUCUUACGCUCUUCUGCGUUGCUCCCAUGCGAAGCCCGGAGGGAGAAUCGGCUAUUGAGGACCUUAUAUCGCUCGUGAAGAAUAACUGCCGAGUCGCCUACCAACCGUCGCUUCGGCCACUACGAACACAAUGCGCAAUGCCGUAUCACGCCGCGGGGAGAUGCCAAGCGCAGCACUGCGGCGUGGACAUGUGCCCAUACUGUGAUGUAGAAGUUGAACGGUAA